CAGUAACAUCGAUGAGACAACUUAAAAAAAAAAAAACAUAAAGGGAAGACAAAAAGAAGAUGUGAGCUUGUGAACGCCAAAAGAUCACAUCUCUAUCUCUCUCUGUUUCAUCAAUGGCUGAGAAAGUCCAUGAGAUCGCCGGAAAGUUAACUCCUUUCUGCCGGAAAAUAGUUCACGUGAACAUAAAAUGGAGAAUCAUCGAGAGGGUAUCAAUCUUUGGAGAUUUUUUUAGGUUUUUAUGGAGAAAAAUCGUUUCUUGUUCAAGUAUCAUCGAAAAACCUAUUCUUUACCGGCAAAUCGUUCACCGGAUUUCUUCAACAGCCGGUGAUAUCUUCGACGGAGACGACGACACUGCGACCGAACAUACUGUUUCCACUAGAAGGUUUGGUUCAGGUUCGGAUUCGGAUUUGGUUAGUCUCAAGAUUAGUCUAUUAGGCGAUUGUCAAACAGGGAAGACUACUUUUGUAAUAAAAUAUGUUGGAGAUGAGAAUCAAGGUUUCUUGGAGAUGACGGGUUUGAAUUUGAUGGACAAAACUUUUUAUGUUCAAGGAGUUACUAUUUCGUUUAGCAUUUGGGAUGUAGGAGGAGAUUGGAAAAUGAUUGUAGGUGAUGAAAAGAGAUCAAAAGAUCAUAUACCAAUUGCUUGUAAAGAUGCAGUAGCAAUCUUGUUCAUGUUUGAUCUAACCAGUCGAUCUACUCUUAACAGAGUCUUCGGGUGGUAUAGCCAGGCAAGAAAAUGGAACAAGACGGCAAUUCCGAUUCUAAUAGGAACAAAAUUCGAUGACUUUGUUCGGCUCCCACCCAAUCUUCAGUGGACCAUUGUCACUCAGGCGAGAGCGUACGCGAAGGUGAUGAAGGCAUCAUUGUUCUUUUCAAGUGCAACACACAACAUAAAUGUGAACAAGAUCUUCAAAUUCAUUUUGGCUAAACUUUUUAAUUUGCCUUGGAAGAUUGACAGAAAUUUGACCUUAGGUGAACCCAUUAUCGACUACGAUUCCUAAUUUAGUCUACUUUAAUUAUUUAUCAUUUUUGUA